GGCCCCCUCUGGAGCCAUCCUGAUGGCUUUGGGGGCCUUGCUUCCAUUUUCCAUUAUUAUGUGGACUACCGGAGCGACAGCGCAGUCCAAGACCUUGCAGACCCCAACUGUAAACUUGAAGACAAGACUGAAGAUGGAGAAGCAAUAGACUGUAAGAAGAGGCCGGAAGACGGGGAGGAGCUAGAGGACGAGGCUGUGCACAGCUGUGACAGCUGCCUCCAGGUGUUCGGGUCACUGAGCGAUAUCACAGAGCACAAGAUCAAUCAAUGUCAGCUGACAGAUGGAGUGGAUGUAGAGGAUGACCCCACUUGCUCCUGGCCAGCUUCCUCACCUUCGAGCAAGGACCAGACUUCCCCCAGCCACGGAGAAGGUUGCGAUUUUGGAGAGGAAGAAGGUGGCCCUGGACUCCCGUAUCCGUGCCAGUUCUGUGACAAGUCAUUCAGCCGUCUCAGCUACCUAAAGCACCAUGAGCAGAGUCACAGCGACAAGCUGCCUUUCAAGUGCACCUACUGCAGCCGGCUGUUCAAACACAAGCGGAGCCGAGACCGCCACAUCAAACUCCACACGGGGGACAAGAAGUACCACUGCAGUGAGUGCGAUGCCGCCUUCUCCAGAAGUGAUCACCUGAAGAUCCACUUGAAGACUCACACGUCCAACAAGCCAUACAAAUGUGCCAUUUGCCGCCGUGGGUUCCUGUCCUCUAGCUCCUUACACGGGCACAUGCAGGUCCACGAGAGGAACAAGGAUGGCUCCCAGUCGGGUUCCAGGCUGGAGGACUGGAAGAUGAAGGACACUCAGAAGUGCAGUCAGUGCGAGGAAGGCUUUGACUUCCCGGAAGACCUCCAAAAGCACAUUGCCGAGUGCCACCCUGAGUGCUCCCCGAACGAGGACCGGGCGGCCCUCCAGUGCGUCUACUGCCACGAGCUAUUCAUGGAGGAGACCUCCCUGAUGAACCACAUGGAGCAGAUGCACGGCGGGGAGAAGAAGAACUCCUGCAGCAUCUGUUCCGAGAGCUUCCACAGCGUCGAGGAGCUGUACAGCCACAUGGACAGUCACCAGCAACCGGAGUCAUGCAACCACAGCAACAGCCCUUCCCUGGUCACGGUGGGCUACACCUCCGUGUCCAGCACGACCCCGGACUCCAACCUCUCGGUGGACAGCUCGACCAUGGUGGAAGCCGCCCCACCCAUCCCAAAGAGUCGGGGGAGGAAGCGGGCCGCUCAGCAGACCCCGGACAUGACUGUCCCCUCGAGUAAACAGGCGAAGGUCACCUACAGCUGUAUUUACUGCAACAAGCAGUUGUUUUCCAGUCUGGCGGUUCUGCAGAUUCACCUGAAAACUAUGCAUUUAGAUAAGCCAGAGCAGGCCCACAUCUGUCAGUACUGCUUGGAGGUACUACCCUCCCUCUAUAACCUCAAUGAACAUCUUAAGCAAGUGCAUGAAGCUCAGGACCCAGGUCUGAUCGUUUCUGCCUUGCCCGCCAUAGUCUACCAAUGCAACUUCUGCUCUGAAGUUGUCAACGACCUCAACACCCUUCAGGAACACAUCCGAUGUUCUCAUGGAUUUGCGAACCCCGCGGCAAAGGACAGCAAUGCUUUCUUCUGUCCCCACUGCUACAUGGGGUUCCUCACUGACUCUUCGCUGGAAGAGCAUAUAAGACAGGUCCAUUGUGACCUCAGUGGCUCCCGAUUUGGGUCCCCAGUGCUCGGGACUCCGAAAGAGCCAGUCGUAGAAGUCUAUUCUUGUUCCUAUUGUACAAAUUCCCCCAUAUUCAACAGCGUUCUUAAACUGAACAAGCACAUCAAAGAGAAUCAUAAAAACAUUCCCUUGGCCCUGAAUUAUAUCCACAACGGGAAGAAAUCCAGGGCCUUGAGUCCCCUGUCACCUGUGGCCAUAGAGCAGACAUCUCUGAAGAUGAUGCAGGCAGUAGGAGGGGCGCCUGCAAGGCAGGCUGGAGAAUAUAUCUGUAAUCAGUGUGGUGCUAAGUACACGUCCCUGGACGGCUUUCAGACUCACCUGAAGACCCACCUGGACACUGUGCUCCCGAAACUGACCUGUCCUCAGUGCAACAAGGAGUUCCCCAACCAAGAGUCCCUGCUGAAGCACGUGACCAUUCACUUCAUGAUCACCUCCACGUACUACAUCUGCGAGAGCUGUGACAAGCAGUUCACGUCGGUGGACGACCUGCAGAAACACCUGCUGGACAUGCACACCUUCGUCUUCUUCCGCUGCACCCUCUGCCAGGAGGUGUUCGACUCCAAGGUCUCCAUCCAACUCCACCUGGCCGUGAAGCACAGUAACGAGAAGAAAGUGUAUCGCUGCACCUCCUGCAACUGGGACUUCCGCAACGAGACGGACCUGCAGCUGCACGUGAAGCACAACCACCUGGAGAACCAGGGCAAAGUGCACAAGUGCAUCUUCUGCGGCGAGUCCUUCGGCACCGAGGUGGAGCUGCAGUGCCACAUCACCACGCACAGCAAGAAGUACAACUGCCAGUUCUGCAGCAAGGCCUUCCACGCCAUCAUCCUGCUGGAGAAGCACCUGCGGGAGAAGCACUGCGUGUUCGACACCAAGACGCCCAACUGCGGCGCAAACGGGGCCUCGGAGCCGGGCCAGAAGGAGGAGGUGGAGUUGCAGACCCUGCUGACCAACAGCCAGGAGUCCCACAACAGCCACGACGGCAGCGAGGAGGACGUGGACACCUCGGAGCCCAUGUACGGCUGUGACAUCUGUGGGGCAGCCUACACCAUGGAGACGCUCCUGCAGAACCAUCAACUCCGGGACCACAACAUCCGGCCGGGGGAGAGCGCCAUCGUCAAGAAGAAAGCGGAGCUCAUCAAAGGGAACUACAAGUGCAACGUGUGCUCGCGGACCUUCUUCUCGGAGAACGGCCUCCGGGAGCACAUGCAGACGCACCUGGGACCCGUGAAACAUUAUAUGUGCCCCAUCUGUGGGGAGCGCUUCCCCUCGCUCUUGACCUUGACCGAACACAAGGUCACGCACAGUAAGAGCCUGGAUACCGGAAACUGCCGCAUUUGCAAGAUGCCAUUGCAGAGCGAGGAGGAGUUCCUGGAGCACUGCCAGAUGCACCCCGACCUGCGGAACUCCCUCACGGGGUUCCGCUGCGUGGUUUGCAUGCAGACGGUGACCUCCACCCUGGAGCUCAAAAUCCACGGGACGUUCCACAUGCAGAAGACAGGCAACGGGGCCACGGUCCAGGCCACUGGCCGCGGCCCGCAUGUCCCCAAACUGUACAAGUGUGCGUCCUGUCUCAAAGAAUUCCGUUCCAAGCAAGAUCUGGUGAAACUGGACAUCAACGGCCUGCCCUACGGUCUGUGUGCUGGCUGUGUGAACCUCAGUAAGAGCGCCAGUCCCGGGAUCAACCUUGCUCCCGGCUCCAGUCGACCGGGCCUGGGCCAGACCGAGAACCUGGGGGCCGUGGAGGGCAAGGGCAAGGCCGGCGCCCCCAAGACGCGCUGCUCCAGCUGCAACGUGAAGUUUGAGUCCGAAAGUGAACUCCAGAAUCACAUUCAAACGGUCCACCGAGAGCUGGUGCCCGACAGCAACAGCACUCAGUUGAAAACGCCGCAAGUCUCGCCCAUGCCCAGAAUCAGCCCCUCGCAAUCGGAUGAGAAGAAGACCUAUCAGUGCAUCAAGUGUCAGAUGGUUUUCUAUAAUGAAUGGGAUAUUCAGGUGCAUGUUGCGAAUCACAUGAUUGAUGAAGGGCUGAACCACGAGUGCAAACUUUGCAGCCAAACCUUCGACUCCCCCGCCAAGCUCCAGUGCCACCUGAUCGAGCACAGCUUUGAAGGGAUGGGCGGUACCUUCAAGUGUCCCGUCUGCUUUACAGUGUUUGUUCAAGCGAACAAGUUGCAGCAGCACAUCUUCUCGGCCCACGGACAAGAAGACAAGAUUUACGACUGCACACAGUGUCCGCAGAAGUUUUUCUUCCAGACAGAGCUGCAGAACCAUACGAUGACCCAACACAGCAGUUAGUGCAAGCACCGUCUCUCAAGGAGAAUGACUUUUGUGGCACAAAAAGGGAACAUGUUUUACUCUUUGCACGAAACUUUCAUUGUUAAUGUAUAUUAUUCAGAAACAUUGUAUUGUACCAUAAAACUUGUAUUAUCGAAACUGUUGGAUGUUCAUGUGUUUGAACUUUUGAGCACCGGAUAGACCCCCUGUAUAUAAAGUGUCUCACAUGUAUUAUGUCGUCUGAUACUAAAAUGGUCUUAUAAAGACAAGUGGACUUGGGCCCUAUUCAGGCAAGAUUUAAAAAAAAAAAAAAGAAAGAAUGUGAGCAAAAUGGCUUAAGAGAAAGUAUUUUCAAGGAAGACAGAUUAAAACAACCCAGUUACACGUGAGACUAUAUUUGGACUUCCUUUUCUUAACACUUAAGCCUAGAAUUUCUCUUUUUUGGUAUAUCAACGGUUAAACCCAAGACUAUUUUUUAUUGCUGAAGAUUCUUGCAAAAAACCAUGAAGAGAUGUUCUCACAGAACCCCACAGCUGGGUAAGGCCCGUAUAUAUAUUUGUAAGCCUUGCAAUGUGACAGGUAGCAUCACUAUAUAUGCAAUAGUUGUUAUGUAGACUGUCAAAGAAUUUUUUUUUCCUGGAUACAUUUUGAAGCUUUGAGUGUUCAAGGUUUUCCUUAAUGAUUUCACACAGCCAAAUUCUUGAAUCAGUUGAACUAACCUGUAUGUUACUGUUAUUAAUGUUUACUCUGCGGUCUGAACCUGGAGAUUACUGGAAUUGUUUUCCAAGAGGAAAUAAAUUCAGUUUACCAUUAGGUAU